AUGACUGCAGCCGUUGCCAAGAAAGCCGUUAGAUGGCACAAGCUUCCGUACACUAAGUUCAUUCUGCACGAGUCCAAGCGCGAGUACUUUCAGCCUUUUCUCAUUGGUGGAGUUGCUGCCUGGGUGAUCUGUGGUAUUCUCCCUACACGUGGCGCUACUCAAGAAGACAAGGAAAAGAGCAACUACUGGAAGCGUAUCAAUGGCAAGUUCGACUAUAGCCACCACUAG